UCCACCCCACCUGUUCACUACCAUUGAUAUAUUUUCGCUGCCUAUUAAUCCAAAGUAUCCUCUUCUUCCCUCUUCAAUCCACUAAACAACAUACAGAGGCCACCAUUUUGCAUCGGAGAAUCAAAUCCACAAAUUUGGUCAACAAUUUUCCACUAGUGAGGUGCGUGAUUUGUAACAGGGGAAAACAAAUUGUAAUUCGUGGAAGAACACGUAGGGAAAGUAAUAGUGCAGAAUCAUCUUCACUAACCUUUUGAAAAUCGCAUUUAUGCUCCAGAAAAGCGUGUUUCUUAAUGGAAAACGCUUCGCCGGAAAUUACACACUUUCUGAGCAGCAAUUCCAUACCGGAAAAUGUUGAAUUAAGCGCGCUUGAAUCGGAGCAGCAGCAAUUGAUCCAGCAGCAACCGAUUGCUUAUAUAAACGCCGAUCCAUUGAGUGUCAUCCUGUUCGGAAACAAUGAUCUAGGUCUCGGAGAAUUGAUGGCGGACGGGGCAAUGAAGUCCGAACCAGGAACAGAGAACAGGCGUAUCGAAAAUUCAAGGAGGAUUCUAACUUACGAGAAAGGAAUCGAGUUUGGAAAGAGCAACUCGAUUGCAAGAACUACCAGUUUUCCGCCACCUGUGGCGGCGAACGGUGGUAAAGGAAAGGCGGUGGCGUUACGCUCCGCCGCCUGCGGAGAAAACAGUUUUAAGAAGAGGAAAGCAAAUAACCCUACGGUUGCAGAAGCAGAAGAACAGCAGCCAUUAGAGAAGAAGGCGAAAGCAGAGAUGGAAAAUCGUUCAAACAACAACAAUGUCUCCAUAAACAAUCAGAGAGUAUUAUCUCCGAAGGAAAAUUCAAAGGACUCAUCAAUGGUCGAGAAGCGCGAUUACAUUCACGUCCGAGCUCGUCGUGGUCAAGCAACAGACAGCCAUAGCUUGGCGGAAAGAGUGAGGAGGGAGAAAAUAAGUGCAAAAAUGAAGUACCUACAGAAUCUAGUCCCUGGAUGCAACAAGAUCACAGGAAAAGCGGGAAUGCUCGACGAAAUCAUCAACUAUGUCCAGUCUCUGCAAAGACAAGUAGAGUUCUUGUCUAUGAAACUGGCAGCCAUCACUCCAAGCCUGGAUUUCGGGGUCGAAAACUAUUUAGCUAAAGAGAUGUUCCCAGCUUGUGUUUACAAUGUCCCUACGAUUGGAAUGUCAUUGUUGGGACAAGAAGCUUCGACUUCGGGUCCAGAAAUGGGGGUCAAUUCCAUGGACAUAACACUCAGGAGAACCACUAGUUCUCCUCCUGUUUAUGCACCAGAGACAUCUCCGAAUUCGCCUAGUUUAAUCCAAAUCCAGCAAUUGGUGGCCAAUGCAGAGUUACAUGAUCUCUACAGCAUCUUCUCAGAUCAACAAUUUACAGGUUUUAUGUCAGCAGGUCAUGUAAAGAUGGAGGAGAUGUGAAAUCAAGAAAUCCCUACACCAUAUGAGUAGACAAAGGGUCGCAUUCUUCAAGUUGCACAACUUGUCCCCCCCUAUAUAAUGCAUACAUCGAAAAACCUGUUUUUAGGAAGAUAAGAAGACAGGGCUGCUGUUGACAUAGAUGUUCUUGUUGUAAGAAUGGAGUGAGGGGUUUCAUUUAUUGAAGAAUUAUGCUUAGGCAA